GCAUCCCUGAUCCCCCCUCUUCGUCUCCGAGCCAUAUAAGCCGCCUCAUCGCAACCCGUUCCGCCUCGCAUUGCUCUCUCCUCCCCGUCUCUUCCCCCACGCCUCUCUGUUAGGGUUAGCCCAGCGGCGGUGACCUCAGCGCCUUCGCGUCCUCAUCCUCCCUUCCCUUGGUUCCGAAGUCUCCUCCCCCCGUCUCAAAUCUUCCUCAGUUGUCCUGAUCCGGCGCUCAUGGCGACGGCGGUGCUCAGAUCCCAUGACGCGCUGUCCAACCGGAUGCAUCUGGACGCGUUCACGCCGUCCCCGACGAAGCCCCGCCGGCGCCGGAGCCCCAAGCCGGCGGGCGCGUCCUCGCCGCCCCCCAGGCCCGCCGCUGUAGCAUCUCCGGCGCCUAAGGCCGCGGCGGCGGUGGCGUCACCGCCCGUUAAGGCAGCGGCAGCGGGCCGCCGCUCGCCACCGGCGAGGCCGGCUGCUCGGAAGCAGCCGUCUCCGACGAAGGAGAAGCAGCGGCUUGUUAUGGAGGAGGUCCGGAUCCUCAAGCGCGGCGAGGAGCCGCCUGCUCCCGCCCCAGCCCCGGCCCCGGCCCCGGCGCCGGUCUUAGCAGCGCCCGCUGCGGCUGUUGACCAGCGCGUCGUCUGCUCCACUGGCCGGAUCGGGCCGCAGGCGCCCGCCGUCGUGCCAACGAAGAAGAUCGUGGCCGACACGGCUGGCUACGCGGGCCCGGCGUUUGCUGCCGCGGCGCCCGAGCCGAGCUCGCUUCCCAUGCCGGCUUUCUUCCUCCGUCGCGCUGAGUCCGAGGCCACCCGCAGCCUCCGCUGCCUCCUCCGCAUCGGCGAGCUCGCCUGACACGGCCCGGCCACCGCCGGACUAGCGUCCGCUCCUCUGAAGUCGUCGCCUUUCUGUUUAGUCUCCCCUCGUCUCCGGUGAUGGAUGGUUAGCGCCUGAUGGGAGAUUGGAUCCGAUGGAAAGCAUCUCCGGAUCAGAUCAGAUCAGAUUCCCGGUAGCCGCUCCGGCAACCUCUUCCGGUAUUUUUUCAGAGGAAGGGUUGGGGAACGAGCAACCGGUGGUUGGAUUUGGUGGUGGUUAGGUUCACAAGUCGCUUGCAGCUCGGUUGGCUUCUCUGGAAAUCUGAUGUCUUUAGGUAGAAUAACUAGGCUGGUUGGUGGAUCAAGGGCAGGCAGGUGGAUGGUUACUUUGUUCUUGAUGGUGUUCUUUUCAGGAGUUCAGUUGUGGGUAAAUUAGUGUGUGAAAUAGCUGUUUGGUUUAGGUGAUCUGCUAGUGUUACUGGACGACCUGAGUGUGAUUCAGGUUAGGUUAUCGUCGCAAAAUAAUUGAAGGUUUGGUGUGCGUUUUAUCUGUGUGUUUUGGUAGAGGUGUGUUAGUCGAGUCAUGAACUAAGUCAUCAGUUAUGUGAUAUUAGUGGUCAGGUGAAGGUCAUAUGUAAGAUAUAUCUCGUGGAUAUACUAUGUGUGUGUGUUAAAUUUAGAUAUGAAAUCUCAAGGCUUCUUGCUUCUUA